CUACACAGAAGAGCAGCUUGCAAGCAGACGAAAAGGGGUUAAGCUUGCUUUUUCCUCCCCAGUUUCAGAUUACAAUGAGAAGACUCUUGUUUCCCAGCAGGGUCCUGCUUCCAUUCCACUACAUUCGCCUUCAGAUCUCCCUGGCAGUUUGCUCUAUGUUUGUGAUUGCGCAAAUAGGAUAGAGACUCUGCACAUUCAAUCAGCUUGAAUGCAUGUUACGAAGUAAUUCAGCUGUUCAGAGUGGGAUCCAUUUGCAGGGGGAGCAGGUACUAACGUUAUCAGGAAGGAUUAAGUUGCGGGUGUCAGUACAAUAAGACUUGAUGAAAUGUAGUAACACUGGACUCUCACUACAGGGGGUGCCCGGGAGAUGGGAAUGAGUGAAUCAUGGACAUUUGCCUGAAGGAGUCUUCUCAUAUGGGAUUUAUAUUGCACCACAGCAACUAUUGGAACCUUUAGAUGAGACUGUCUUAAAACAUGCCCUAGUCAGGACUGGCAUUGACCUACCAUAGAUUUGUUUCUACUGCUGACCUUAACGUGAGGACUAAGGGUUCAUUUGAAGGGAAGCUGUGAAGGACUCCCAUCCUUUGAGAAAAUGAUUGUGAACACCUAUCUCCUUAGGGUGCUCCUGGUGCUCUUCUGGAGUUGCCAUGUUGCGCACGCUUUGCCUGGAAACCAUGUCCAUUCCAGCUUCAUUUACAGAAGACUGCGGAACCAUGAAAGAAAGGAGAUCCAAAGGGAGAUCCUGUCUAUUUUGGGGUUACCCCACAGACCCAGACCAUUCUCCCCAGGGAAACAGGCCUCUUCUGCCCCCCUGUUUAUGCUGGACUUGUACAAUGCUAUGGCUAAGGAGGAUGACCAUGGCAUGUUGGGCUACACACUUAGUGGGGCAAUGAUGGAGAGUAGGGGGCUGAGAAAGGGCUAUCCUGUCCUUGCCAACGGUUAUUCGCGAAAAGCCCAGGCUUAUCGGAGCGCUCCACUUGCCACCCAGCGCCCACCUUUAGCCAGUCUGCAUGACUCCAACUUUCUCAACGAUGCGGACAUGGUCAUGAGCUUUGUUAACCUAGUUGAAAGAGACAAGGACUUUUCACACAAUCGAAGGCACUAUAAAGAAUUUCGUUUUGAUCUUACUCAAAUCCCACAUGGAGAAGCAGUGACAGCCGCUGAAUUCAGGAUUUACAAGGAUCGAAGCAACAAUCGUUUUGGGAAUGAAAGCCUUAAGAUUAGUAUUUAUCAGAUCAUCAAGGACUAUUCAAACAGAGAUGCCGAUCUCUUCUUGCUUGACACACAGAGAGUUCAGACAUAUGAUGUUGGAUGGCUUGUGUUUGAUAUUACUGUAACCAGUAACCAUUGGGUUAUCAACCCACAGAACAAUCUGGGGUUGCAACUAUGUGUUGAAACUAUUGAUGGUCGGAGUAUAAGCGUUAAGUCAGCUGGCCUCAUUGGAAGGCAUGGCCCCCAGUCGAAGCAACCUUUCUUGGUUGCCUUCUUCAAAGCAAGUGAAGUCCUGUUACGCUCAGUUAGAGCUACAAACACAAAAAAGAAAAAACAAGAAAGAAACAAAUCUUCAACUUCACAUGACGCCUCAAGGAUGCCAAGUAUUGGAGAUUAUAACACAAGUGAACAGAAGCAAGCAUGUAAAAAACACGAACUUUACGUCAGCUUUCGUGACUUGGGCUGGGAGGAUUGGAUAAUAGCUCCAGAAGGUUAUGCAGCCUUUUAUUGUGAUGGAGAAUGUUCGUUUCCACUUAAUGCUCAUAUGAAUGCCACAAACCAUGCUAUAGUGCAAACACUUGUCCACUUGAUGUUUCCAGAGCAUGUUCCCAAGCCGUGCUGUGCCCCUACAAAGUUAAAUGCUAUCUCUGUGUUGUAUUUUGAUGACAGCUCUAAUGUCAUAUUGAAGAAAUACAGAAAUAUGGUUGUGAGGUCAUGUGGUUGCCAUUAAGCUAUAUAAAGAUAAAUGAAUGGGUAUUUACACAUACUGCCACAAAAGGGAAAUGUCUGUGGUUUCAUACUUCACUACAUUAUACAUAUGUGUGUACAGUGUUAUGUAUAUAUUAGACUUUGUAAUUUAUUUUAAUACACAUAAAUGUUCAACGUAGACAGUAAUAGUUAUAUACUGUUGUCAUUGAUACUGUAAAAUGAUAAUUUAACUUGGUCAGGAUAAAAGAACUUCGUGUUAUUAGGACAAUAACAAACUGUUUUAUCCCAAUCUUUUUUCACGUAAUCUUUAAUUUUUAGACACUGUUGGUUAUGUUCCAUUUUUCAGUGCUGAGCAUCAGAUAGUAUUUAUUUAGAAAACAAUAUUAAAGAUUGAAACAAUGA